CCGCCCUCCCCCACCCGCUGGUGCUGCCCACCCCGCCCUCCGGUCCUUGCCUCGGGGCUCGCUGCGUCCCAGCUCCCGGCCGGUCCCCGGCGCCAGCAUGUCCCGCUCGGACGAGGUCAACCGGCUCACGGAGAGUGUCUACCGGGUGAUUCUGGACCAGUUCAACCCCGGCCUGAGGAGUUUUGUCACAAUGGGGAAGAGUUACCAACGAGCGCUCUCAGCAGGGGUGACCGUAGCGGCCAAGGGUUAUUUCGACGCCCUGGUGAAGCUGGGGGAAUUGGCCAGCGACAGCCAAGGGUCCAAGGAACUGGGGGACACCCUGUUCCAGAUGGCUGAGGUGCAUCGGCAGAUCCAGGUGCAGCUGGAGGAAACUCUGAAGCUUUUCCAUUCGGAGCUGCUGGCCCAGCUGGAGCAGAAACUGGAGCUGGAUGUCAAGUACCUGCUGGCUACCCUGAAGAAGUACCAGAGCGAGCACCGGGCCAAGGUGGAGGCCAUUGAGAAGUGUCAAGCUGAGCUGAAGAAACUGCGCAAGAAAUGCCAGAGCAGCAAGAACCCCCAGAAAUAUGGGGACCGCGAGGUGCAGUAUGUGGAGGUGAUGAGCGCCAAGCAGAGCGAGCUGGACUGCUUUGUGGCGGAGGGAUACAAGGGCGCCCUGACCGAGGAGCGCCGCCGGUACUCGUUCCUGGUGGAUCGCCAGUGCGCUGUGUCCAAGCACUUCGGUGCCUACCACGCCAAGGUGAAGGAGCUGCUGGGGGCCAAGCUGCCCGGCUGGCAGCAGUCCUGUGUCCAGCCCACCCGCCUGCCUGACCGCGCUCUGGCCCUGGUGAAGCAGACGGCCAACAGCCCCGCCGCGCCCGCCGUCUCCGACCCGCUGCCCGCCCCCCAGCCCCUGGAGGUGCCCCCGGAGCUGGCGCCCCUGCUGGGGGGUGGGGGGCUGGCCCUCAACCACCGCGUCUCACUGCAGGAAGCGACUCCGCUCCCCAACGGCGACUCUCACCGCACCCGGGGCUCCCGUGACCUGGGGCCCCCGCCUGCCAGAGAGCCCCUCACCGUCCCGCUAGGCCUGCCGGCCCCACAGCCUGCACCAGCCACGCAGACCCCCCCGCCGCCCAGGGCCAGCGACAGCUACUCCUGUACCCUGCCCAUCCCCCGCAAAGCCUCUGCGGAGACCCGCCUCGCCACGCUGACAGAGAACAGGACCCUGCCGCGGAGUGGGGUGUGGGUCGAGCGGCGCCGGGUGCAGGCCGUGUUCUCCCACGCACCCGGUGAGAGCAGCACCCUGCUCAACUUCCAGGAGGGCGACGUCAUUGCGCUGCUGGUGGCCGAGGCCCGGGACGGCUGGCAUUACGGGGAGAACGAGGCCACGCACAUGAAAGGCUGGUUCCCCUUCUCGUACACCCGUCCCGUCCCCCCUGCCGAGACCCCUGAGAAACCCCAUGGCAGUUUUCCCCUGAGCAAACUCAACAGCUGCAGCACGGGGACCCUGGACAAAGCGGGGUGCGUGGCCCCCAGCCCGGAGGGGGGCCAUGGGGGGGACGCCUUGCGCUACACCCCCUCCCCCCGCCCCAGCACCUUCCGCCAGCGCCCCUACAGCAUGAUGAACCCUGACCUGUCACAGUUAGCGAACGAAUUUGGGAGCCCCCUGAACUCCUCCCCGUCCAGGUCUAACCCCUUCGCUCACGUCAGGCUGAAGCGGACUGUGACCAAUGACCGCUCGGCCCCGCUGAUCCAGUGAGGCCCUGAGGGCGCCCGCCUCGCCCGCCGACAGCCCCCUGGGGGAGAGAUGCCAGGAGCCCCCCCCCCCCCGCUCAGGAAGGACUCAGGAGCUGGCGGGGGCCUCCCCCCCAAAUGCAGCCUGCAGCUCUCUCUAGUGGCUGCUUUGCAGAAGAGCAUCCCAAAAGCCAGGCCCCGUAUUGCGCAGCGGCCGGGGAGGGGAGGGGGUCGGGGUUCGAAUCCCGCCGGAGAUGCCUGGAGGGGGAGGCAGGAACGGAGCUGGGCCCUGGGGAGCCAGUGUGUGUGGGGGUGGGGGAAGGGAGAGAGAAGGGAGGGGGAGAGGCUGCCCCCCAAGACAGAAAUGCCUCCUGAGGGCUCUGCCUGCCCUAAAGCGACCACUUCUAUGGGCUACGUGUGUAUCUGUCCAUCCCCCCGUGCACCCCUCUAUCAUCCGCCUACACACAUCCAUCCCCUCUGUCUACCCCCCAUGCGCCCAUCCAUCUGUUUGUCCUCCUGUGCACACAUCCGCCCCCCUGCCCUCCCACCUAUCCAUCGGUCCCAGCUCCCCCAGGGGGGCUGCUGUGCCCUAGCUUUUCGCCAGUCCUUCGGAGCAACCCGUCAGUGCCAGGCCCCGUGCCCUUCCCCCGUUCAGAGACUGAGCCCCUGGGCUCCAGCCCCCCUGCUUCCUCCCGGGAGCUCUGCCCAGCUGGCCCGCCCGAGCCAGCCGCUGGGGGGAGCCCCUCACCCUCUGCAGUGCCCCCUGGCAGCGCUGCCCGGAUGUGGGGAGCCCCGAGGUUCGCCACCCACCGCCGCCUCGGCCCAUUGUCCCUGCAGGGCUCCAGGCUGGAGCGUCCCCUCCUUGGGGGUUAAUUGUCCAACAUGUAACUGGGGCAGGUGGCUAAUGGGAGGCUGGUUUUUAAGCCCAGCAUCAAUGCCAGGCCCACAGGGUGAAACUCGAGGGCAGAGCAGAAGGCGCUGAGAGGUGGGGGAAGGCGGGUCAGUGGGGAAGGGAAAUCCCUCUCUCGCCCAGCGGCUGGAAUCCGAGGGGGGCACCUGACAUGUGGCCAAGGGGGCGGGUGGGUCUAGCGUCCUUGGACAAGGCUCUGAAGCAAAGCAGGCCGGGCCCAGGGGGAAGGGGGCUGGUGGUGCAGUGGCUGGUGAAAAGACAGGAGACAAAGGGGAAAGGGGCCGUUUUCAGACCGGAGCACGGUCGAGCGGGGGGGUCCCCCAGGGGUCUGCGCUGUGCAGCGUACUCAGAAAGGCAAAAGGGGCGAACGCUGAGCGAACACGUGCAGACGAGACAAAAUGACUCCGGAUCAUUAAGUCCAAAGCGCCCGGUGAAGAGCCCCCCAAAAGAUCUCACAGACAGGGGGACGGGGCGUUGAUAAAUGCGACGUGGGAAACCGUUGUCCCAGCCGUACCCACGUGAGGAAGGGCUCUAGAGUUUCCGAGACAGAGAUGGUGGAGUCAGGAUCGGUCGCAGCAAACGCCACAUAAGAGGAGGCUGGGGACCACGAGGAAAGGGGGGAGAAUCGGACCGACAAUACCCUAAUGCCGCUCUAUAAACUGAGGGCGCGCCCAGCCCUUGAAUUCGGCAGGCAGUUCGGGUCGCCCCAGCUCCAAAGAGAUCUGUUAGCGUUGGGAAAGGUGUGGAGAAGGUCAGAGAAAUGAUGUGGGGCUGGCACAGCUUCUGGCUGAGGAGAGAUGAAAAGGACGGGCACUGUUCAGGUUGGGGGAGAGACGGCGAAGGGGGGAUGUGAGAGAGGGCUGUGAAAUCGUGACGGGGAUGGAGCUGGGGAACAGGGACGUGCUAUUUACCCCUUCACAUGAGGCGAGAACCAGGGCUUAGCAGAUGAAAUGACCAAGCAGCAGGUUGAAAACAAACCAAGGGCAGCCCUGUCAACCUGGGGAACUCCCUGCCGGGGGAUGCUGGAAAGGGCACAAGUUGAACAGGGUUCGAGAGUGGGUCCAGCACUGGUGGGGCAGGGAGGCAACCCAGGCUCUGGGUGUCCCUAAACCUCUGCCUGCCCGAAGCCAGGAGCGGUCGAUGGGGUGCUUACGCGACACCUUGUUCUGUUCCUUCUCCGUGACGCACCAGGCUCCGGCCACUGGUGGCAACAAGCCACUGGGCCGGCGGGACCUUUUGUUGGCCCCAGCGCUGCUGUUCUUCUGCGGGGGCCCAUUGGCUAUGUGGUUCCUCCGUCGAUCGGGGUCGCUUCCAGCUGCCCUUUUAACACCCCGUUCACCCCACCCUCUGCGGUCCGUGGCCCCACCCCCAUGGCGCCGGCUCUGUAACCCUUCGGCCCCCACAGGGGAGCAGCGCGAAGCACAGAGGGAAACAUGGGUCUCAAAAAUAUUACAGCAAAUUCCCAUUUCCUCAUGCCAUCCAUCAAUAUGAUCAUAGGUAUGUUUCCGUCUUCCACCCCACACCCCCUCUAUCCAUCCAUCCCUGUCUCUAUCCAUCCGUUUUCCCCCCCACCCCCUUAUUCAUCCAUCCUCCACCCCCCUGUAUCCAUCCCCCAACCCCUCUAUCUAUUCAUCCAUCCAUCUUCCCCCCAACCCCUCUAUCUAUUCAUCCAUCCCCCACCCCUGUAUCUAUCCAUCCAUCUUCCCCCCACUCCCUUAUUCAUCCAUCCCCCACCCCUGUAUCUAUCCAUCCAUCUUUGCCCCCAACCCCCUAAUUCAUCCAUCCCCCACUCCUGUAUCUAUCCAUCCAUCUUUCCCCCACUCCCUCAUUCAUCCAUCCCCCACCCCCCUGUAUCCAUCCCCCAACCCCUCUAUUCAUCCCCCAACCCCGUAUCUAUCCAUCCAUCUUCCCCCACUCCCUUAUUCAUCCCCACCCCCCUGUAUCCAUCCUCCAACCCCUCUAUUCAUCCAUCCAUCUUUCCCCCACCCCUGUAUCUAUCCAUACAUCCCCAACCCCUCUAUCUAUUCAUCCACCCCCGCCCCUUUAUCUAUCUAUCCAUCCAUCUUCCCCCCACUCCCUUAUUCAUCCAUCCCCCACACCCUUGUAUCCAUCCAUCCCUUCUUCCACACCCCCUCUGUCCAUCCCCUGCCCCCUCUAUCCAUCCAUCCCAGCACACCCCGCUCUAUGUCCAGCCCUCUCCAGCUGACACAAGUUGCCUGGGGUGGGAACAACCCAUGACACCCUGAAAAGUGCCUUGUCCGUUCCUAGCCCCACAGCUGGGGGGGGGGGGGUGCUGAGCCCUAUAACCCCUCUUCUUCUCCCCCGCCCCAAGACGAUGGCUGGAGAAUGCUGUAUUCAGAACUGCAUCAAACGGAACCAUGGAUGACCCCCGCUCCUGGGAGGAGGGCAGCACCCCCUGCUGGGCACAUGGGGGGGCAGCACCAGGCUGUGAGCUGGGGCGGGGGGUGGUGGCUGUUAGAGCCUUGAUGCUGCUGUGGGAAUUACACCUAGACUGAUAUUAAACUGCAUGUGUGUCUGGCUGUC